GGUUUUUUAAAGUUACAAUUACCUGUAUGCCCUCGUUCUCCCCCGAUACUCACCAAGUUCACGUCGUAAUUCAUUCCCCAGACGGUCUUUCACUUCACACUCCCCUUCACAACGUUCAUCACUGCGACCUUCCUCCGAUCUCCCACUCCGGCGACCCUUCUCCGAUCUCCGCACCAGACCUCUGAUCGAAGGCGCUGGCUACUGCUCCUUCUCCGAUCUGAUGAUCAAAAACUUGAAAGGGGUAAUCUUGCUUUGAAGAACAGUAUGACUGAGAAAAGUCCUGUUAGGGUGAUUAGGAAACUUGUUGGGUUGGAAAGAAGAACAAUUAUGAUGUGUUUGGGUAUGAUGGGUUGUAUACUGUGAAGCAUUGUACACAGAAAAGAAGUUCAUAAGGGAAGAUGGUGUUCAUGUUUGAACUGCAUAAAAUGCCUGGUCAACCUCAAGUUCAUAAAAGGGUCAAUACUAUACCAGCAACCGAAGAGUUAUUAACAUCAGUCGGAGGCAUUCCUUAAACAUUAAAGAUCUCAUAAUUUUCUUUAGUCUAAAUCUGAGUUGCCAAACCAUCUGCAAAAAGACUGACAAAUGAUGGAGUUGAAUUUGAAUGCAAAAGAUGCGGGUGAUUGGAUUUACAGAGGAGAAGGAGCUGCAAAUAUCAUUCUCUCUUAUAGCGGAUCCACUUCUGAUUUUGUUGGAAAAGUGUUGAGGGUACAGAAAGUUAAAAGAAAUGGAACAAAUUAUGAGGAAGUACCUUCAGAUUUAUCCGUGCAUGAAGGUCUCUUCUGGAAUGAAGAUUGUGACCUUUUAUCAGCCCCAACAAGAGAAAUUGCAGAACAUCUGUAUGUGCAACAUGUAAUGUCUCCACGAUUAGGUUCUAAUCAUGUUGAUGCUGGGGUCCGUGUUCUUGUAUCCAGGGAUUUUCUUGAGGCAGUAGCGAAAAACGUUUUUUCUCAACGCCCUUCCUGGAGAGUUACUGAUGCUGAUGUCAAUACACAGUGUGAUUAUGCAUUACUUAUAUCAGAUCAUUCAGUUUUCCCUCAAGCUCUUCGUGAUGAAGAGUUUUCGAUAUCUGUAGAGAUAAAGCCCAAGUGUGGAUUUCUUCCAUGUUCAAACUAUAUUCUAGAAGAACACACAAUGAAGAGAUGCAUGACCCGUUUCAAACUACAUCAGACCUUCAAAUUGAAACACAAAAAGGUAUCACAGUUAAGUCGAUAUGAUCCGUUGGAUAUGUUUUCUGGAUCCAAGGAAAGGAUAUUAAAAUCAAUUAAAGAUCUUUUUUCGACCCCACAAAACAAUUUUCGGGUAUUCUUAAACGGUUCCUUAGUAUUUGGAUGCUUAGGUGGAGGUAAAUACAGAACGAAUGUUCGUUAUGAUAGAGCAUUAGAAGAUGCUCUAAAGUUUGUUAUUCAGGCUGAUGAUGGUAUGCGUACAACUUGCUUUCUAGAACUUGUUUCUGAGGCUGUUUUUAGAUCUGGAUUGUUGGAUAGACUUUUACAAGUUCAGAAACUUGAUGUUUUUGAUAUAGAAGGGGCCAUUCAUGCAUAUUAUGAUGUUGUUUCUCAGCCCUGUGUGGUUUGUAGAGAGUUAGGUGAAGAAUCCGAUAGAUAUACUUCUUUGCAUACUAUCCCAUUGGAUGAAAGUUUGAAAAUUGUCAAAGAGUAUUUGAUUGCUGCCACUGCAAAGGAUUUGAGUCUCAUGAUUAGUUUUAGAACAAGAGAAAAAGAGGAUCCAAAGUCUGCGUAUAAUGUCAUUUUGCAUGAAUCAAUUGGACAGAGUUUUGAUUAUAAGGUGUCUUUUAUUGAUUUGGAUAUGAAACCUUUGGGAAAGAUGAUGCAUUAUUAUGAGUUGGACCAAAAAAUAGUACGCUGCUGUAUGAAGAUGAUGAAGAAUGAAAUUUCAGCAAAUGUUGAAGAAAAAACUUCUUAUCAAGAUAAGUCCAUUGUUGUUGAAGAUGAUUAUCCUACUCGAGAACUUGCUGGUAACCUAACACAUCUUUAUCAUCUGUUGCUGUUGUUGUUCCUUUUUUCUUUCCUUACAUCUUAAUUAUUGGAUGAAUGAGAAAAAAACUAUAACUUCAUUUCUUAAAGUUUACAAAUGCUACAAAUUGAAGCUUGAAAGAUGGCUGAUUAUUAAAACUAGUCCAAAAAUACACCAGACAUAUACAUAUGAGUAGUAAAGUGAGACACUAGUAGGCUGAGGUAGACUAUGGCUAUAAAUAUACAUAUUAGUAAGCAUUAUGUUUUUGGUCUAUAACUCAUAAUAAUGCAUCAUCUUUCAUAAAGGUUACAUAAAAGAUAGCUCAGCUGUCGUAACAUGAACAUGAUGUUUAUCAAUCAAAUUGCCGAUCUUAGUUGAGUAUCAAGGAGUCGAUGUAUUUUGGCCAAAAUUACCAAAAGGAAGUAGAUCCAUUUUGGCCGAAUCGACAUUUCUUUAAACAACAUUUGCCAUCAGAUUUAUUGUUAUUUCAAGAUCAUAAUAAUGAAUGGGCCACUUUACUAGUAGUCAUUUUGCGGAAGAUGUAAUGUAAUAUUUAUUCAAUCUUAAUCAUGGUUGUGAUCAGAGUAAAUUGGUUUAUAGUUAGUUAGUUACAGCUCUGACUUAAUUUAAUUGAGAUACACACAACAUAAGUUUUGUCCGUGUAAUGGACUUGAACGAAUUUGAGAAUGGGUUGCCGUGAUGAAGGACUGAUUCUGUAAAGGAUUUAUGCGGAAGGACUGGAAGUGGCAUUGAUGGAAUCUUGAGAACUGAAAGCUGAAUUGAGGUUUAUAUAAAUGCGCUUAGUGAAACUCCCAUCACUUCAUUCAAGCUUACAUCGGUUUUUCUGGUAUCCAGUAACCGAAGAGACUGGUUAUUAACAUCAACAGUUCAAGAUCUCAUAAUUUUCUUCAGUCUAAGUCUGAGUUGCCAAACCAUCUGCAAAAAGACUGGUUGGAAAAGCGUUGAGGGUACAAAAAGUUAAAAGAAAUGGGACAAACUAUGAGGAAGUACCUUAAGAUUUAUUCCUGGAGAGUUACUGAUGCUGAUGUCAAUACACAGUGUGAUUAUGCACUGCUUAUAUCAGAUCAUUCAGUUUUUCCUCAAGCUCUUUGUGAUGAAGAGUUUUCGGUAUCUGUAGAGAUAAAGCCCAAGUGUGGAUAUCUUCCAUAUAUUCUAGAAGAACACACAAUCAACACAUAUAUGACUCGUUUCAAACUACAUAAGACCUUCAAAUUGAAACACAAGAAGGUAUCACAAUUAAGUCGAUAUGAUCCAAGGAAAGAAUAUUAAAAUCAGUUAAAGAUCUUAGUAUUUGGAUGCUUAGGUGGAGGUAAAUACAAGGUGGACUCUUAGGCGAUUGCGGGGUCUUCAUAUGUAUGGUUUUGGAGUGCUUGGUGUCGUGCUUUAACAACUUGGAAUUACCGCCUUCAUUUGAGUCAUUUGGUUUACUUUUUGUUAUAGGAUGUCCGGUAUUUUUGGGGGAUCUUCUUUAAUUGUAAUUGACAUGACAUUUUCUAAAAUUUUUGAAUUUUCUA